AUGGAGAUCCGGGUGCCUGUGCAGCCUUCUUGGCUGCGCCGUGCUUCAGCUCCUUUACCGGGUUUUUCCACUCCGGGACGCCUCUUUGACCAGCGUUUCGGCGAAGGGCUGCUUGAGGCAGAGCUGGCUUCACUGUGCCCUGCUGCGAUCGCGCCCUACUAUCUGCGCGCCCCCAGUGUGGCGUUACCCACAGCCCAGGUGCCCACGGACCCUGGGUAUUUUUCUGUGCUGCUGGAUGUGAAGCACUUCUCGCCAGAGGAAAUCUCUGUCAAGGUGGUUGGUGACCAUGUGGAGGUCCAUGCUCGGCAUGAGGAGCGCCCAGUAGGUCUGCUGGCCAGAUUGGGGAGCAGGGGUAAGCAGGAGGGUAGGAUUCUCAAGCCCAUCUCUUCCCCACCCCACUCCCAGGAUGAACAUGGAUUCAUUGCUCGAGAGUUCCACCGCCGAUACCGCCUGCCUCCUGGCGUGGACCCUGCUGCAGUGACCUCUGCACUGUCUCCUGAGGGUGUUCUGUCUAUCCAGGCCACACCAGCGUCGGCCCAGGCCUCACUUCCGUCACCACCUGCUGCCAAGUAGGGGUCCCAGCAUUACAGGACCGAACCGGGAAGCCUCUUUAGGCUCCCUUUUAAAAUGCCGAUCUGACUCCACUGCCCAGCCAGAUGUCCCAAUCGCUGUCAAGACAGCCUUUCCCAACCACAACUAGAUGUCCUCCCCUGAGACCUUCCCAACCCAAACCCUACCUGAGCCUUAGUGACCUAGACACCCUUCCUAAGCCCUCUCCCAGCUUUCAGGCCCCACCCAUGACAUCUCUCUAGAGGCAACACAAACACUACUGUCAGGAGCCAAGGCUCCCAUCAGACUGACCCCACUUUGGGCUUCUCUCACACUCAGGCUGCAUUUGUGAGCUGUAGAACACCCCACCGUGACAGCAGAGUACAAUGUAGUCAGCGCUCCCCUCCUUCCAAUCCUGUCACCUAAUUCCCCACAGUGAUGUAGACUGCAUAGGCUUUCCACACCAGAACGCUCAAGCCUGGUCCACCAGACUCCAGUCUCUGUAACCUAACACUCCUCUGCCCCAGCCCACUGUCUGACUUAAAACUCCAGGCACCGAAAUUCUUGAAUACUAUUCUGACCUCCAAUUCUUGGGACUCCUAUUCCUGACAAACCAGGAACCCCAAACUCAAAUUGUAUGGACACUCCACCUUCUCCAGAUGUGCUAGACCAAUGAACAAGAACCUGUGAGCUCUCUGUCCUGGCUCCCCAUCUGCAGUCAGAUGUCUUAGGGAGCCCGCUCCACAUCUGCCAUCCUCUAAGGUUGCACCUUCACUCUGAACAUUUCCUGUCUCCCCAGGCCUUCCUGCCAUUAGUUCCCAAUAAAUGCACUUGAGAUUUGUCAA